GAGGCCUUGAGCAACAAGCUCUCAAUUUGUUGCAUUGACAGUCCUGAACUACUGCACGGUAUAUAGUACGGCAUGUCAACAGAACGCAUCUAUAUCGGAGGACUGCGGCCGCCCCAUCUGACGGCGGGAGACUUGUUAGGACGGCUUCAAAAGUCGUUGGGAUCCGUGCUGGAGAUUGAUGCAGAUGAUCGCAGUGCCAAGGAAGCGGCCUGUUUUCUUCACGUCGCCGCCAAACUCAAGAAGAAUGACGACGACGACAGUAAUAAUAAGACGGCACUGGAACACAUUGCCAAACUCUAUCACAAUGUGACUUGGAAAGGAUGCAGAUUACGAGUGGAACCUGCAAAACCUCAUUUUCUGCAACGGCUGCAACAAGAAAUUCAAGAAAGAAAGCAAACUACUACUACUACCUGUGCAAAUAUUAUCAAGGAUUCGGAUGAGAGUCAAACCGAGGAACCAACGCACAAUCCAGCAACUACUAGUAUACCGCCAGUGCCGUCCAAGAAUGCCCGACGACACUUGAAGAUUCGACAACGCUAUGGCGAACAAGUGUUCUCUGUCGACACUAAGCCUUAUGCCGUCGAAAGUUGGAGAGGCAUGCAGGCAUUGCUGAGAAAAAUUGAACGUCGCAAAAGACACUAUCAACAAGAACUCAAAAACAAUUCCCUGACACACAAAAAGAACAGCAAAAAGAACAACAAUAAUACUGCCAAUAUUCGGACUCAAGCCAAGCUCAACCGAGCGGUCCAUUUGAGAUUCACCAUUCAUCAGCAACAGCAAAAAGAAUCAUCUGAUAAGGAUGCACGACAAGUAGCUUCUACCGCCAAAAUCAGGGAUGAAUCUGAUCAGUCGUCGUCGUCGUCGUCGUCGUCGGUUGUGUCUACGUCGUCCAGUUCCCCUUCUUCUUCGUCCAGUGAUGAUAGCGAUACAGAUGAUUCUUCCGUGGAACAACAAGAGAACGACAAUCAUCUCAAGACUACUGGUACCAAUUCAUCCACUGCAAAACUUUCAAACUAUGUAUGGUCGUCGUCUUCUUCAUCAUCUUCAGUAUCAGGGGACGACGAGUCAGAAUCACAGAAUGAUAAUGAUGAUGAUGAUGACAACGAUGGAAGCGCAUCCGACAAUGACGAAGAAGACAUUGACAAGGACGGAACGAGGGCAACAGAGCCGCCAGAAGAAAGCAACACAAAGCCUGAAACCAACAACAAAUCAUCGAGUUAUGCAUGGUCGUCUUCAUCAUCAGAGGACGAAUAUGAAGAUGAUGCAGAUCAAGACACGAAAAAUGACAAGGUAGAAGACAUGACAAAGAUGGAAACGUCUAGACAACAACAAGACGCCAAAAAGAUCGCAUCCUCCGAACAUGAGUCGGAAGGCACUUCUGAAGACGAAUCUUCCUCGGCUUCCAGUAAUGAAGAGUCGGAAGGAUCACAACCCAUUAACGGCAACAACAAGCAACACCACUCGCCCAGGCUACCAUCGCAAUUCGAUGAGUUUGAGUCCGCCAUGCCAACCGCCAAGGGCGACACUGACAGUGACAACGAUGGUUCAGAUAUAGAUAUAAAGAAUCACGAUCCAGAAAGCAUGCAACAAGACGAGAGUGGCAAUUUGCUCCAGGAUGUCGAAUCCAAUCUCAGUGUCCUGGCGUCCUUGUUCCCGGAUAUGAAAAAGACACAGCCACGCAAGGUUGCCAGCGCCGAAAACGACGAUGCACAAGGCAAUGCAGCUGCAGCCACCCAAAGCAAGAAAGGAUGGAGUGCCGGGGGCAUAAUGCUCCGAUAUGACCCUCGAAACGAUACGUCAACCACGACGACAAAAACGAACAUUGAGGCGAAAGAGUCGGAAAAAGACAAGCAAGAGUCCGAUAAUACUGCCAGUAGCGAGACUUCAGCGGAAGAAGAAGUGACCUCGGAAGAUGAGGUGACCUCGGAAGAAGAUGAGAUACCCGACAAGGAAAGGAAGGAUAGUUCGUCAGAGGACAGCAGCGCAGAAUCAGACUCGGAGGCUCCUGAGAAUGAAAGUGAAAGUGAAAAUGAUGACCCGCGUGAGAAGAAAAACCCUGCAGCAGCAGCAGCAGCAAUCAACGAAUCUCGUGGUCCAGCAGCUACUUCUGAAGGGGACAUUUACAAGCAGGCAAAGUUGGAGGAUCUCUUUCGCGAGGCAAGAGAAGGAGUUUCAAGUACUAGUAGUGUGAAACCGACACCAGGCGCCACUUCCGGCACUGCUGGAGGGUUCUCCUUUGGUUUCGACCUUGGAACGGAUGAACCUGUGAAGCCACCUGCAGCCUCGGCAUGUUUUUCGUUCUCCUUCUUUCCGUCGUCAGAGCCGGAAACCAACAACCAAGAGGCGAAGGGAGAAAGCAAAGUGGAUACCGACGAAGAGGGAAAGAAAGUCGCUGAACCUGCAGACUCUGCCGCCGCGGAAGAACUGAACCAGCCCAAGCAACAACCUCCCACGUUUCGUCGACGAGGCAUGCUGCUCCCAAAGAAGGUUAUCGACCAGUAUCAAGAGGAUUUUUACGUAAUGGGUGAUGGUCUGAAGAUCUUGCAAGACUUGGAAAGGUAUCACAAAGACCCAGAAGUGAAGGCGCAUUGGAAACAAGAACGACAAAGUCUAACCUUGGAUUGGAAACGAAAGAGGAGGCAUGCUGUGGAAGCUCGCUCAAAGCACCAAAGGAGCUACAAACAACAGCGUCGCUGACUUUUUGGUUUCUGCCAAGUCUAGCCAAGGCUAGCGUAACUGCAUGCGUACCGGUACCGUAUUGCAAUGCCACCCAAUUUUCCAAAGAGUUUCUGUCUAGACGUCUGUCCACACCUGAAAAGACACAGCCGCAUUCCCCCAAGUAUUCAAUGGUU